GCGGGGGCAUCGAGGCGCGAGGGUCACAUGUGUGAACAGUUACUCUUUUCUUGUGGCAGCCCGUGCGAGGGCUUCCCCCUGUCAUUCCCAAUUUCAAUUACCAGGAUUGAGAAGAAAAGCUGCACGUUGUAACACAAUCUCUCCUGGAUCUGGCUAAACCCCGCGGCCCGGGCCCCGUGCUGUCUGGGUGGUCGGCGGCCCGAGCAGACAUUUUCUGGCUCAGCGGCGUCGAGUGGAGCGAGUUUUGGGCCCCCGCAUUGGCUCGCUCCGUGCGGCAAAUAAAAACGUGCUGGCGUCGGGAUUCGGGUGACUUCAGUAACUCCAUCCACCAAUCCCGGCCGCCUAUUAUGCGGCGCUGGCAAAUUUUUCUUCCCCAGCCGGUGUAGGGUGUCAGGCGAGCCCACACUCACGCACUCUCGCCCCAAGGCCGGGCUGGCUCAUUGAAGCACCUCCGAUUGUUUACAAAACUGUCAAGUCGCGAGUUCACCAACGUCAGUCUGACGCGCUGGUAGCGAGAGAGGAGCAAGGAGUAGCGGCACUCACUAUCGGGGACUCGCCCACAACCUCCGGACCUGCUACCGGACCUGUCACGCGCUGAACCGAGGGGGACGGACUCACACGGGUUCCACAACUUCCCUCUCUGUGAAACAGUCGCUUGUUUUGACUGUCAGGCAACAACGUUUUGACCUGAGAGACUCAAGUUUUGAUUUUCUCUCGUCGUCGUCACGGACAGAAGAAAGUUUCAAGGCAUGUGCGUCGACGUCAUUGUUCAUCACCGGAAACUCUUAUAAAAGUUUUCGGAGAAAACUGUUGGAAAUCGUGUCGGGAGCUCAGAUAGCUACACUGCAUCUCAGUUUGAGGAAGUGAAAGUUGGUUAUUGGGUGUUAGCCACAGGAGAUAGCCGAUCAUGGCGACGCUGUUCGACACAAUAGACGACGGGCUGUCGGUGGCGUCGGACGGGAAGGACGAGAACCUCACGCCGAACGGGACGCGAGACCAGCCCGGGGAGACGGGCAAGGCCGACUCGGGCGACCAGGAAAAGACUGGCGAGGGGGAGAAGACAUCAUCAGAUCCCCAUCAAAAACCACCUUACUCUUACGUGGCUCUGAUCGCCAUGGCAAUCAAGGAGAGCCAGGAGAAGAGACUCACGCUCAGUCAGAUCUAUAACUACAUCAUACAGAAGUUUCCCUACUACGAGAAGAACAAGAAGGGCUGGCAGAACAGCAUCAGACACAACCUGAGUCUGAACGAGUGUUUCAUCAAGGUUCCGCGGGAGGGCGGGGGAGAGAGGAAGGGAAACUACUGGACGCUCGACCCGGCCUGCGAGGACAUGUUCGAGAAGGGCAACUACCGGCGGCGUCGGCGGAUGAAGCGGCCGUACCGCCCGCCGGUCACCGGCCACAUCUCCGGCCUCCUCCCGCCGAAACCCUACUACGACACGACGUACGGAGGGUACUCUCUCACGCCCAAGUACCUGCAGUCGCCCUACAACAACUGCUCGUGGCCCAUCUCGGCGCCGUCGCCGCAGUUCAGCAACUACAACUCGUGCCAGCUGCAGGCGUCGCCGCGCUGCGCCCCGUCCCUGUCCGGCCCGCCGCAGAUCCAGCCCAUGCAGCUGCCCAACGUCAACGCGUCCCCGUACUCCUACAGUCCCGUGUCCUGCACGCUGUCCGGGCAAACCUCGCCGGGGGACUUCGCCUUCGCCUGCCGCCGACAGAACGACACCGGUCCGAUGCACGGUUACCCCUACUGACAGACAUUGUUUUAGAGACUACCUACGAGAACGUCGGGCAUGAACUUACGGGGGGCUGUGCCCCCUCUCUCUACACCCCACCCCACCCCAGUCGGGCACAGGGUUAUUAAACUGUAAGUCCACCUUCUUCAUCAGAACUUUUACGGCGAGCUACCUUCGUCUGAACUCUCUCUCAAAGUUCUCCAAAAACACCUGCUGAAAAACUGUCUAAGAAAGGUGACCUGGUGUGAUUUGUAUGUGUACAGUGUAUAUCCGUAUCCAAUUGAUACAAACAAUUUCAGUGGAAAACGGGCCCACAUUGUAAAAUUUUACUAGAUUACUUUCUCUACUUUGUACGAUCGAACCUUAAAAGAGUGUAUUUUAUUUCAAGUCCAAGGAUUGUCAGAAAGAGAACGAAAAGUUAGAGAUAGAGACUACCGAUCGCUGAGCACUUGUCAUCCGAACUCUUCACUUGUAAAUACCAUCGUCUCACCGAAAAUAUAGCCUGUGUAAGAACGGUCCCACUAGUAAAUAUAGCGUACCGAUAUUGCACGGGGUUGAUCAGUGAUGUACAUAGACGUAUUGCUACCCCAAAGGGGGUAAGCGGCGUGGCCGUUCUAGGUCUGCGACAUUUUGUUUUCCCUUAGCAAAUUUGUUCAAUGUGUUGUUGCCAAACCUAUUACACGGUGUUUCGCGGCUCGCCGUGACGGGGGAGGGACUUUGUGGCAAUCCAGAGCGAAUGGUGCGAAAACAAAACGUCUGUUCUACAAUAUUUACCUACAAGAUCUGCCGGGCUGAUACGGAAUGGAAAGUUUACGCCUGUUGCAUUUUCCACUUCACUGGAGGCUGAAACGCAACAACCGAUAUCUCAAAUGUUAGCAAGACUAUUAGAACCAAAUGUCGGCAUCCACCUUGUAACGUUUUAAAUGUCCGUGGCAAUAGACAAGGCAAUAGAUCUCAGUGCUAGAGUAUUGGUCUCACAGAGGGCGUAAUCAGUGAAAGUUGAUGUUGUUUAUCUUUUAGGCGUAUCCACGAGAAUCUAAACUAACCGACUAUGUUUUAAAACACUCUAUCGGGUAUUGUGUCUUUGUGUAAACUAAGUUGUUGUAUUAGCACUCGAGAAUGCUACGGUUGUAUCCAAUGUGCGGCCACGAGUCUUUAGACCGUCGCUUGUCAGUAUUCGCUCAGUUUGACCGACGUAAAAGUUGUAGAUUCAUAGCACGAGUUUUGUAGUUACACACCGCUUUUUGUGUGCGCAGAUGAAAAUAAAGUACGUAGGUCGGGCGGUCACGCCAAAUUCUUGCAAAA